CCGAAAAGCCGCAACAGCAGCUUCGGCCGUUCUCCAUUGCCUGCUCAUCGGCGUGGUCUCCUCUGUCUUCUUCCUGACUUUUUGACUGAUCUGGUAUCUGACGAAAGAACACUCACCGGCGACGGACGGGUUACAAAGCUAGUUUCAACAAGGAUACUUUAAUUUAGUCUUACCUUGGGUCAGUGGUGCUUUAAUUUCCUUCAGGCCGGUAGCUCUCAAGCCCAAAACCAAGACUAAGAAGCUCAAUUACACUGGUCGUGUGCUCCGGAGCAAGCCAAGGCUUCCUCCGAAUUCUCAUCCGCUGCCGGGGCUGAGAAGGUAAUAAGAUCGAGGACCUUUACUCUAUCUAGCUCGUGGAUCUGAGAAGAGAAACACCCCCGCCGGUUCUCAAAUUUUAUCCUUUACGACUGGAAGAAAGGGUUUCAAGCAUGGAGCAGUACGAGGUAAUAAAACAGAUUGGGCGCGGGACAUACAGCACCGCUACUCUUGUGAGGCACAGGCUCGAAAACAAAGAGUAUGUACUAAAAGAGACCGAAAUCGAGUAUGACGAUGAAGAUGAAUUUCUAUACGAACAUUCUCGUCUAGAGAUGGAGCUGCUUUCUAGGAUACGACAUCCAUUCAUUGUAGAGUACAAAGAUUCAUGGGUUGAAAAGGAUGGCAAGGCAUGCCUAAUCUUAGGUUAUUGUGACGGAGGAAAUAUGGACGAGGCCGUAAAGAACGCCAAUGGUGUGCUUUUCUCCGAAGAGCCGGAUCUUGAUGAUGUGAUUAUCGAAACCAAAGGCCCAGUGCGUCCACUUCCAACUGAAUAUUCAGAUGCUCUUCGAAAUCUUGUGGGAAGCAUGUUGCAGAAGGACCCAGAAAUGCGGCCGACGGCAGGGGAGCUGCUCAGGGAUCCACUUCUUCAGCCUUACAUCCACGAGAUACAAGUCAAUAGCCUCAAAGGAGGUUACCCGAAAUUAUUGUUACCUGCACGGCAGGUCAACAUGUUAGAGGUGAGUAUGGUAGAUGAAGAGGAGGAUGGAUGCAAGUCCGCUGACAACAGGAGCUGUCACAUUACGAGUUCAGUCAAGCCGUCCGUCCUCAUGGAUUUAUGGCGAGACAUCCUUUCCAGCAUGCUGAACCAUGCACUGGGGGACCCCGUUCUGUUGGAUGCAUUGCAAGUCAUCCUUGUCCGCAUGCUGAGGCAGGUAAAGGAUGACCUCAUCCAGAGGGAUGGAUUGCAAUUGCAGUACAUUUUUUUCGAAAUGUUGAAACAUGCAAUAGAGGAUGGUUGCGUGGACACAUUGCUAGGCGAUUCGGGCGAGGACUCCUUACUCAAGCUGUCAGGACUCAUGGAUGCACCGCUGGAAAUCAUGCCUAAGGAUAAGAGAAUGAAAGUUGCUUUCUAUGAUGUACUGCGAAACACUGCUGUAGCAAAGGAUCUGGACCAGAUCGAUAGUUUGAAAUCGCACCAUAGUUAUCUUAAGAAGCAGCUUGCAUCUUUGGAGGUUGCGUCACAGCCAAAGAAUGACGAGCUUGAUAGGCGGCUGGAGCUUGAGAAAAUGAUAUCUGCAGAGGAGAAAGAGAUUGAUAGACUUGUGCAAGGGUCUAAGGAGCUAAAGGAGAAGGUUUGCAAAUAUGUUUUGCUUGGUUUUCUUUUCCCAAUUGCUGUUUCACUGAAAUCUCAGUCUCUGGCGCUUCAGAACAAGAUUGAAAAUGCUGGUGAACAUUAUGAUCUUGGAGAUAAGUGA